AUGGAGCACGCGCGUCCUCCUACGGAAUUAACCUUAGAAGGCGGCCCGGCGAAUCGUGCUGAUUCAUGGCGCAAAUGGUUAAAGCAGUUUAAAGUGUUUUUAAAGGCAUCUGGUGUAAACAAGGAAACUUCGGAUGUACAAGCGAGUUUAUUAUUAAAUCUAAUCGGGUCCGAGGGAUACGAUGUGUACACUACGUUCAAGUUUGAUAAGGAGGAGGAUCGCGACGACAUAACCAAGUUGAUCGGAAAGUUUGAUCAACAUUUUGGCACGAAAACAAAUGUUAUUAUGCUGCGAUUUAAGUUUUUCACACGUACUCAAGAGCCGGGCGAAGGUAUCGAUGAAUAUGUAACCGCUUUGCGGAUCAUUAGUCAACAGUGUGAGUUUGAUAAACUCGAAGAUGGCUUGCUACGCGAUCGCAUCGUGUGCGGGAUUAAGGAUAGCGUAGUACGGGAUAGACUCUUGCGCACAGACGGGUUGACAUUAGAAAAAGCUAUACGAAUAUGUCAGUCGGGUGAAAUAACAAGUGAGGAGAACCGGGAGAUCGAAGGCGUGAAGAAGGAGUCGGUGAACAGCAUGGCGGUAGAUGCGUUAAGAAAUCGCUCGGGCUAUGGGCGUGGGUCGGCGCGUCGUGGCUGGCGCGGAGGCCGCGGAGGCGGCGCGCGCGCGCCUGGCGGCGGCGUCGGCGGCGCCGGCGCGGCAUCCGGCGGCGCGGGAGCGGCCGGGAGCGCUAGGGAGCGAUUGUGUGCAUCGUGUGCUGAAAGUUAUUGCGACGGCGGGGCCCGUUGCGCGGCUAAAAGUGUAAAGUGUUUUUUGUGCGGAAACAGAGGUCAUUUUAAAAAAGUGUGUCCGGGGCGUAAAUCAAACAAAGUGUAUCAACUACAGGAGGACAAUGACGAGCUGUAUUAUUUGGACACUAUCGAUAAUGUCGAUCACAUCGAGGACUCUGAGUGGUAUGAAUCAUUACCGUUACUUUGUUCGGAUAAAUUAGUAAGACAUAAAUUUAAGUUGGAUACUGGCGCAGAUCUUAAUGUCAUAUCUAAAUCUAAUUUUCUGAAAUUAGGCUUCUGUCUUUCGGAUUUAAGCGCCGACAAUGUAAAAGCGCAAUCGUAUUCUCGCCAUUAUAUUCCCUUUAUAGGCUCGUGUAUUAUUAAAUGCAUAUACAAACAGCAGGAAUUUAUGUUGAAAUUUGUUAUAGCUGAUAAUGAUAAUCAAAGUAUUCUUGGAAAAUACGCUCUGAGAGAAUUAGGCCUAAUAAAGCGUGUCUAUUCGCUAAACGUCGACGACUUUGCUGAUUUGUUCAGUGGCCUAGGUAAACUUCCGGGUCAAUAUAAGAUACCUAUUGAAAGCGACGCGUGUCCAUGCAUUUGCCCUGUACGCAAAAUACCGUUAGGUGUCAGGGAUCAGCUGUUGACCGAGUUGACUCGCAUGGAGAAUUUAGGUGUCAUACGUAAGGUUACGCACCCCACAUCGUGGGUAAAUGCUAUAGUUAUGGUUGCAAAGAAAGAUGGGAGUUUUCGAGUGUGCCUCGAUCCACGACCUUUGAACCGCGUUAUACGUCGUCAGCACUAUCCGUUGCCCACAGUAACGGAGAUAGCGUCAAAGUUAAAGGGGGCGCGUUAUUUCAGUAAGUUAGAUGCCAGGUCCGGGUUCUGGAUGAUCCAGUUAGACGACGACAGUGCUGAUCUGUGCACAUUUGGUACGCCAUAUGGUAGGUAUCAAUUUUUACGUUUACCAUAUGGAAUUAAUUCGGCUUCUGAAGUGUUUCACAGCAAAAUAAGGCAGCUGCUGGAGGACCUCGAAGGUGUCGAUUCGUUCGUCGACGACGUUAUCGUAUGGGGAGCUACGGAGGAAGAGCAUGACGGCCGGUUACGAAUUUUGCUCGAAAGAGCGAGACAAGUAGGUAUAAAAUUUAAUAAAGAAAAAUGUGAAUUUUGUGUGAGUGAGGUAACAUAUUUAGGUCAUACUUUUAAUUCGGAGGGGGUUAAAAUCGAUGACAAAAAAUUAAAAGCUAUAAAAGAAAUGCCCAGCCCCAGUGACAGGCAAUCUUUAGAAAGGUUUUUAGGUAUGAUCAAUUAUGUUGCCAAAUUCAUUCCAUGUUACUCGGAACAAGUAGCUCCACUUAGAAACCUCCUUAAAAAAGACAACGAGUGGUGCUGGGGUGAGUGCUCGGAGCGCGUGGUGCGCGCGCUGAAGCAGGCGCUGUGUGAGGCGCCGGUGCUGGCGCUGUUCGCGCCGGAUCGUCCCUGCGUGCUUUCCGUAGAUGCGAGUAGCCAGGCUCUAGGGGCUGUUAUCCUGCAGCAGGAGCGUCCGGUUGAGUUUGCUUCCGCCACACUCACCGACACGCAGCAACGCUACGCGCAGAUCGAGAAAGAGAUGCUGGCGAUUGUAUUCGCACUCGAAAGGUUCCACCAAUAUGUAUACGGGAAAUCAGACGUGGUAGUUGAAACGGACCACAAACCCUUGGAAGCGCUGUUUAAGAAGUCCCUUGACGCUGUACCGGCUCGGCUGCAGCGUAUGAUGUUGCGGGUUCAGAGGUAUGAUUUUUCUGUUGUUUACAAACCCGGAAAGUACAUGUUCAUCGCGGAUACUUUGUCACGUGCGGCCCUUCCAGACUUAAUGAGCGAUAAGGUCUCACAGGAAGUUGACGAUCAAACCUGUUUCCUGUUACGGUCGGUGCGCAUAAGUGAUAAUAAGAUGGAUACAAUAAGACAAUUCACUCGCAAUGACAAGGUAUGCCAAGUUUUAAUAAAUUACAUCAAAAAGGGGUGGCCAAACUCAAAACAUGAGUCUGAUGAAUCUGUGCGAGCAUUAUGGGACGGCAGGGAAUGUUUUGAAUACACAGACGGCGUGUUAUUCAAAAACAAUCUGGUGUACAUUCCGACCGGUCUCCGAUCAGAGAUGGUAUCCCGGGUGCACGAGGGCCACCUCGGCAUAGACCGGUGCAAGCGGCGCGCCAGGGAGGUGAUGUGGUGGCCGGGCAUGUCGCGUGACGUCGAGCGCGCCGUGCGCCGCUGCCGCACCUGCGCGCAGCACGCGCCCGCGCCGCAGCGGGAGCCGAUGGUGCCGCACCUCAUACCGGGCUUACCAUGGGCCAAGGUUGGUUCGGACAUUUUUGAGUACAAGAGUAAAAACUACUUGCUCUUAGUCGACUACUUUUCAAACUUUGUCGAGGUAUGUCCCUUAAAGUCUAUAAAUUCAACCGCCGUAGUGCUAGCACUAAAGGAUCAAUUUGCCCGACACGGAAUUCCAGUGGAGCUCAUCUCAGAUAACGGCCCAGCCUAUUCGUCGAAGGAAUUCAAGAAAUUUGCCGAAGUCUGGGACUUCCGGCACUCCACGUCGUCACCUAACUACGCUCAGUCAAACGGUCGCAGCGAACGAGCGGUAAGGACGAUUAAAAUGACCUUAAAAAAAUCAUUGGACUCGGGUUCAGACUUCUAUUUAGGCUUAUUGAAUUUUAGAGCCACGCCGCGGGAUGGAAUCGCAAGUCCCGCACAACUCCUAAUGGGUAGGAGAUUAAAUACGCGAUUACCAGUUCACGAGACUAAAUUAGUACCGGAUAGGGACAACACGGUUGAUUAUGAUAAUAUAGUGCGUAAUCAGGCGCGGAGUAAACAAUGGCACGACGAGCGGGCGCGAGCACUGCCGGAGCUGCAGCCAGGUGAUGACGUCAUCGCACUGGACGGCCGCGGCGGUCGGCGGCGCGCGGCGCGGGUGACGGGCCGGGCAGCACAGCCGCGAUCGUACUUCGUAACGGAUGCCUCAGGCAAGCGUUACCGAAGAAAUAGGCGACAUCUGAUUAAGCUGCAACCCGAAGAUGCGUCUCCCACAUCAUCUCAUCACGAGAUAUUGGACGGUGAUGAUGCAGGGUGUUCUAGUGAUGACAGUGUUUACGACGACGUAGGAGAGUCACUCGAUACGGCCCCCGACACCGCGGUGCAGGACACGCGUUCGCAGACCGGUCAGCCUGUUCUUUCAGGGCCUAAUGAAAACAGCAAUCAGCGCUUACCGCGGGCUGCUGCAAUCGAGGCUAAGAAAAAGUUAAAGCAAUAA